AUGGUGUUCAUUCCCAGAGCAUACAAGCACCAUUCUUUGGCGCUGUAUUUGAUGAUCGCUGAAAUUCCAUUUAUUCUGCCGGUACUCAUUUUGACCGGUAUUGCUUCACACGAUACAUAUACAACGAAAUUAUGGCAAGAUGGAGCAAACAACGGCUUCAAUAGCGCUCCCAAUCAAAUUGUCUACGCUUUGACAAAUGGCCGAACAUACAAUGUGCCUAUUGUCUGGAGUUCAGUAGUGUACAACUACGACCUUAUCAUCGGUGUUCUCAGCACCUUUAUCAUUCUAGCCAAAGUGCCGGUCCACGUGCUCCGUUUCUUCUAUCCACCAGUGUCAGCCGUCGUGCACGGCAUCCUAUGCAUCCUCUACAUCAUUGCUGCAUGCUUCCAAGCCGGCUCCGACACGACGGAUUCUCGUCACCCCCAACAUGGCCCACCUUGGUACAUCACCAAGUCAUGCAGCGUGGCCUAUAGCCGCAGUAACAUCGGAUACUGUCAACAGGCCAAAGCCCUGUUCGCCUUGACCGUUGUCGCCGUUGUGUUAUACUUCGUUGAAACCAUACUGGCGAUCAUGUCCUGCUUCGCGAGCCAAGAAGAGAAGGAUGCAUGGCAAAGACGCCAGGAAGAGAAGCGCGAAGAGAAGGAAGCCGAAGACCGUGCUUUGCGCGAGUACGAGGAUAUCAUAAACUCGCCUGCUUUCCCUCCCCCAGCCAUGCCUGGAGCCGCGUACACCCCCGGACUAUCGCCUCAACCAAUGUACUCGCCUUUUCAUCAGACACAUUUCUUCCAAAGUCAGGCACAAUACCAGUCUCUCAACGAUCCAUCUCCAUCGUCGUCUAGUGACCUUCCAUUCCGGAACUGGAAUACGCCCAAAACAUCUUCAUUCCCUAACGGUGGUCACAUCUCCGUGAAUAUUUCUGAAGCGGGCGAACAACAACAGGAACAACCCUACUUCCCACCGCCGCCUAAAAAGGCUACUAAAUAA